AUGGAUGAUAAAUUGUUUGUUUUAGAAUCUUUAAAAUUGAAAGAAGGAGGUUUACCUCCUCUUCACAGGAAUGUUUCUCAAGGAAGUUUUUCAAAAAAAUAUUCUAAACUAUUCAGAAAUUUUAAAAAUGAAAGUAGCGGUACAAAUUUUUCAAAAAGGUGUAAAGAUAUCUUAGAACCAUCUAAAAAUUUUAAUCAUCAGACUGUACCAAACAAUUUGACGAAUAAAAAAAAAAGGAAAAGUAUAAUGAGCUUGGCAUUUAACAAAAUGAUUUCGACGAAAAAACAACAAUCGCAAUUCUCAGAUGAAACCUCUCAUUCCAUGGACACUGGACACUCGAAUGAAGAAGGAUACUGUAGUAGUAAAGAAAAGACUGAUGACUUCGAAGAAAUUGAAUCUAGCGAAGGAGACGAAUAUAAAACCGAAUCUCUUAAUCCGGAAAGUAGAAGUAUACCUACAUCAGUUCAAGAAUGGAUAAAUCAUUUACCAUUGAAAGAUUCCAAGAACAACUUAAAUGAUAAUUAUAAAGAAGAAAAAAUGGAUGCGAUAAAUUUAACUUCACCUAAAUCUACUCCAGCGCCUCCUGCAAAACUUAGUAGAGAAGCCUCUAUACAAUCUAACUCUAGUUUAGACUCGCUUUUGGAAUCAAGAAGGCCAGAUCCUGUUGAAAUUUUUCUUAAUCUCGGUUUUGGAAGUGUACCUGGUGUCAGUAUGGAAAAUUGCAGAAUACCCAAAAGAUUUUUAGUGCCUUCCAAGUGUAAAGGAGGUAACUGGAACGAAUUUUUAAAACGUGAAUUAAUUCAAGCUCAAAAUUUUGAAUGCUCAUCAUUAGGUUUCAGAGGUUUAUCAGGUUAG